AUGAGAGAAUGCCACGAACAUAUUCUUCAAAAGCUCAUUGUAGAACUCGUCCAGGAUGUAGAACCAGAACCGCUGUUACUUCAUUUGUAUCAGAAGGGAAUUAUAGAUCAAGAUGACAUGGACGAGAUACGAAGUAAGAAAAUACGUAACAAAGUAAACCAGGAUCUAAUUUUUAAGCUGAUGAGAAGAGGUCCGGAAGCUUUUCCAAUUCUUGUUGAAGGACUGCAAAGGAAACAACCAUUUCUGGCCUGCUUACUUUUGAAAGAAGGUAAAGUAAAUAUUAGGCAAUUAUGUGACUAUCUAGAUCUGUAACAAACUUACCACACGAACCAAGUUUAAAUUCCUUUGUUGUGAUAAUGGUUAAGCAGGGGAUCAUGGGUGCCUGGCUGUAUGAGUUGGCUCUUCAACUGUUAAAACUAUAUCUAGACAGUAUUAGGAUAAAUAGAAGAAAAUAUGGAUAAAAAUAAAAUAUUAAGUGAUAACAAUAGAGGAAAGAUGAAAGUGAUACUACUACUAAUAAUAAUGAUAAUAAUGAUAUCAAUGAUAAUGAUAAAUACUACUAGAUUAAUAAUAAUGAUACUACCACUACCACUACCACUACCACUACCACUACCACUACCACUACCACUACCACUACCACUACCACUACCACUACCACUACCACUACCACUACCACUACCACUACCACUACCACUACCACUACCACUACCACUGCCACUGCCACUGCCACUGCCACUGCCACUACCACUACCACUACCACUACCACUACAAAUAAACUUCUCUUUAAAACAACUCGGUGCAGUCACAUAAUGUCUCCGUAACGCUUCUUAAGGGAAAUCCUUUAUCUCUGAGCAAAAUAGGCUGUAAUCUUAAUGCUUUAAUAUUGUUGGGUAAGGUAUUAAAAUAAUCUCAAAAAAUUUCUCGAAAAAGCUCUCCUCUGCUGCGUUCUAAUCAUGUUUAAAGUAUAACUUGAGCGCGAGGUUUUGGUACUUCCAAUUUAGCAUAUCCUGCUGCUGGAAGUAAACUAAUAAACUAAAAUAUCUUCAUCCACGCAUUUAUUGGUAGCCAUCCAGGCUUUUGAUAAAGCUUUUUGUCUCUUAGGCCCGUUUUAUAUGGAGAAAACCUGUUCCGGGUAAAAGGGCCACCCUCCCAGCCGAGUCAACUUUAGCGAGCAUUUAUAUAGAAAAAAAAAAAGGCUGUAAUGACCUUUUUACCCAAGCAAACAGCGCUCACCCAUGCUCUGAUUGUCUCGCCUUGACCGAGUAGAGCCAAAGCCCAUUCUCGUCCCAAGAGCCAGUCGUUUCUUGGUCACGUGCUCUUGAAAAUACAAGAAGACAAGAAUGGCAAAGCCAUUAUAUGGAGAAAAAGUGGUCUGGCUAGGAGGGUAGCCUCACCAUCACAGCCGAGUAAGAUUUUUUUGUUUCUCGUGUAAACGGAUCGUCACGGUUUUUACGGAGAUGUAUGAUAAGUUGACUCACCCAGGGUAGCGCGACUCUUCUACCCGUGGCAACAUUUCUCCAUAAAAACGGGGCCUCAUUUUCUUACUCGACUUAUCUGCUGUCGCACCAAAGAGCUGCUUAGUUGUUUCAAGUCAUCCGAUGAUCUGACUGUCUUCCACUGGCAUGGGCGUUGAUCUCUUGAAUAAAAAUAUAAACAAGAACAAAACGUCUUGAAUGUUUUAUUUUUUAUUUCUUCUGCAGAGAACAAGAGGCUCUUAGAACUCGAAAUUGAACUCGAAAAUUUGAAAAUCGAAACAGAGGAUCUGAAAGCCAAAUUGCAGCGUUUUGAAGAAAACAAGUGCUUAGGUAAGUGUAAGAAUUUAGAUGCUUAAAUAAGAGCAGCUGACCCCGACCGUUUCAUGAUACAAAUGUGAGACGUUCAAACUCUGAUCAAAGGAGGCACGGCGCUUCUAAUCGUUACAUCACAUGCGAUGAUACUAUACAGCCUACAGUAGCGCCUAUAUAUCUUAAACGUCUCCCUCACCUUCCUCCUGUAACUACUAUGCCCGGCCCUUCUUCUUCUCUUGGCAAACCAAAGAACUGUGUUUUAUCUCACCAAAACUCCUCCGCGUUAUACGGAUUCUCCCCAGCAUCCUAUCUGUUACACCCCGCCUACAACAUGCAGGAAAAAUAAGUCCCCGGGGAUUUACACGCGCUUCAAUGAAGUUCUUUCUAUUUUUUAGUCAACUGACAACCGCCGUUUUCAUUUCCUUCCUCGACUUGCUCGCUCGUGGGAUCUUCCAGGGAAUCUGAUAGAUGGUUUCAGCUUAAGUAAAAAUCAAAGAACAAUCUUUAACUUGGAGGUUAUCAACUUACAAACCUCGAUUCCUUAAGAGGAAGGGUGUGUUGCUUUUUUUCAGGUUUCGUGAAUUGUUUUUGUUUUAACUUUCUUCAGAAGAUAACCGAGUCGCUGAACUUGAAUCCACACUUGAAGAAGUUAAAAUCCAGCGAGAUCUUGCGGAGCGCGAGGAAAACGAACAAUCCAGCAAGUGUAAAGCGCUGGAAACACAAACAAAGGAACUAAAGACCAAACUGCAGAGUUCGGAAUUGGAAGUGAACGAACUUUUACAUAAGUGUGAGAACUUAGAAGCACAGCUGCAGCAGUUACGGACAGCGGUACGGGAUGCAAAUUUGAAAAAUUCAAGCCAGCUCGAUCAAAGGAACAACAUAGCUGAAGGUUAGUGGGCCCGGGGGUCACGUCCCCUUAUUUUUAGAUCAAACUGAGGCGUGAAGGGCUGAAAAAAAAUUUUUUUGGGACCGCGCCCACUCCCCCCCCCCCCAAUUCCCCUAUUUGAAGGUCUGAAUCCCCCCCUGAGAAGUUUGCCUUUUAUUUGAUACUUUCCCUUGCAUUCUUUCGGAUAUUUUUUUAGGAAAAGGGGUUGGGUUAGGAGUUUACUCUUUGGGGUAGUUUUUUUUUUAUACCGGGGGAAGGGAAGCAAAUUUUAAAAAUUCAAGCCAACCCGAACAAAGGAACAACUUAGCGGAGGGUUAGGGGGCCCGGGGGUCACGGCCCCUUUUUUUUAGACCAAACUGAGGCGUGAAGGGCUGAAAAAAAAUUUUUUUGGGACCCCGCCCCCCCCCCCCCCCCCCCAAUUCCCCUAUCUGAAGGUCUGAAUCCGCCACUGAGAAGUUUGUCUGUUAUUUGAUACUUUCCCUUGCAUUCAUUCGGAUAUAUUUCUAGGAAAAGGGGUGUGGCUAGGAGAUUACCCUUUCGGGUAGUUUUCUCUUUAAUGGCCCUCAUCAAACCAUAAGAUAGCUAGAGGUCCCUUCUCUUGCUCAUCAUCACUACAUUGUAAAUUGAGUGCAGAAUGAUAGAGACCCGGCAAUUCUUUGACUGAUGACACCUUAACGAUUCUGCCAAAUUGUGAAACCUUGCUGACUUUGUUUCAAAAUUUUUCUCGCUCCCUUAUCAAGUAAUUUCUGCGCUGUACUUUGCGAUAUCCGCGGCCCAGCCUUAAGGGUACAAGAGCUGUGGAGGUGAUUAUAGUUUCUUCAUGAUCUCUGGCGGAAAGUUACGUUUCAUUACGGUAGAACGGUCGGCAUAUCGAACCUCUAAAACGAAGUCCUCGGUAUAAUGGACGAUAUGCUUCGCCGCUAAAGGAAAAGUAAUAAUGAAAUAUCUCGAUUUAACGAGCCCUCGUUAUAUAGAACACAUUUUGCCACUGAUGUGGCUCACUUUUAUGUUCGUAUUUCAGUAAUUUCCAAACAUUUAGAUGGACUAUAAAGUUACUAACACUGGAAUGUUUUAUACUUUCUUUACGUAGGGCCACUAUCCAGUCUGGAAAGUUCUAAGGAUGAUUUUGAAGAGGCGUUCGAUGACACAUCGGGAAGACAGUCGCGACGAGUGGAGAAUAAAGGGACUUCAAGGUGUCAAAAAAGUAGAGCUUCGACACGACUAAGAAACGAAUUAUCACAAACUAAAGAAUGUAAGUACAGUCAAACUGUUGCCACUUUCUGCCUUUCUACAGUAAAACGGAAUUUAAUUUGGGGCUGCAAGUUGGCCUGACUGAAUUUUGUGCUCCUUUACCUUCGUUACUUACACAUGCAAUGUCCGUAAUCCAUGUAUAACAUAUAUAUAAAAUUGACUAGCUUUCACUUUAAUUAAAAAAAAGCUCAUGCCAUAAACGGGUUUUCCAGAUUUUCUUGCCAGGAUUGUUUGCACUAGACAUUCUGCACUAAGCACACAUCGGGGCAUUUACCAUGGCUGCGACGUGGGGCCCGCUUACACUUAUGUCCAGAAAUGCAUGCAAUGGCGAAAAUGGCGAAAAAUCGCCAUCCUCCGCUUAACCAUCCAUUCUAGAUCUCAUUAGUUUUAUUUAUUCCAAGAGGACCACAGUGACAGGGCGUUUCCUUGUUUUCUCUUCAAUUUGUUUUCAUUUGUUUUUCUUUUGUUUGAUUUCAGUCCAUUUCAGGCGUGAGCGAGACUUCGACACUAAGGGAGUGAUUCACUACCUCGGCUUCAAUGCUGGAGUCUCUACGUGGACGAAUCCGGCUCGAGUACCAUCAUCCGGAGUGAAAGUGACGUAUUGCGGUGAGGAUGGUCGUGGAGACCCUGAAAAUAUAUUGGAAUAUUUCACUCCAGUCAACAGCUACACUCGCUCAGGAUGGUGUUUGGAUUUGGGAGACUACUACACCCUAAGACCUACUGACUACACUUUGAGGCAGCUCGGAAGCAACGACAGGAACUUUCUUCAAAACUUUGAGCUCCUUGGUAGGCUUUGUAAUGACGAUGAUUGGUGUGUGCUGGGCAGGCAUCAACAAGUUGACUGGAGGUCGCAGCGCUUCUCGCACAUGUUGUCAGGCAAAAAAACCCUUCCCUACAAAACAAAAACGUGGUCUGUGAAAGGGGAAGUGGGACCGUAUAGUCAGUUCAAGAUAGUCCAGAUAAAAGACAUGUCGACCGGUGUACCAGGCACGCAUGCUAUGUGCCUGGCUGGUAUCGAGUUAUAUGGAGUACUCAGUGUGCCAUAUUCAGACUAG